AUUGCUAUCAAAUCUAACGUGAAUUGAUAAAAAUGAAGCAGACGAUAUCCAAGAAAGUAGGUGAUCCAGAGUAUAUAAAUAAGGGGAAAGCACCAGAUGAAGGCCGUUUGGAGGAGCCGCAUGAAAAGAGAGAGAGAGAGAGAGAGGGUGAAAGGAGCUUCAAGAAGUCACCAAAAUGGUGGCGAAUGGACUGCUUUUCUGGGCAGUGAGAUGCCGGGAUAUCGUAGAAGCUGCUUCUCUGCACAUGGAUCGCAAUGCCACCAUCUUCUCCAUUUCUCCUCUGUAGACAAACAGGUUUUUGUUUUAAGAAAUACUUCCCCUCAGGGUAUUUUAGUAAAUUCAACUCGGGAGUCCAGUUUGCCGUUUAGUAAAUCCAAUGAAAACCGCAUCGAGGCAGCAGGUUGAUGGCGGUGACAAGUUCUGCGGCACAAGAGGGUUGUGAGUUUAUCAAACAACAGUUUUCCCAUAUAAUCUAUCUAGAAAGUUCCAAAGCUCUGUUCAUUUAAAAAAAGUUUUAAAAGCUCUAGCAAAUCCGCUGCUUGCAACCCCGGGUUGGGGCGUGAUUGCAGCCUCCCCAACCGGAACCAGUCAUGUUCUCUUCUUGAUCCAACCCUUUUUGUCUCUCUCGCCUGCUUUUCAGUAAUGGGUAGAACGAAGCAAGCCCAUCCACAUCGUUCUGGUGGUUUAGUUGUAGAAAGUGACGAGACUACCGAACUAAAACUGGGUGAACAUAAAUCAUCUGGAACUGAACUACCAGAGGAGGGAAUUGUUGGCAUUGAUAAAGCAUUUUAUGUCCAAGCAUAUAGGAGCGGUUGGGUUUCAGAUCAGCACCUUGAUAUAUCUGAAGUUGUUCUGAGUAAUUUGAACCUGAAAGAAGGAUUUUGUGCUUAUGGAAUGAAUGAAAAUCUUUAUGAAGACUAUAAGUAUUCCUUAAGGAUUUGUGUCCGCAAUGCCAACCAGUUUGUUGAUCGUAUGAAGCUGGGUCAUUGGCCUGUCUUAUCUUCCAGUGACAUAACAUUGGAAUUCAUACAUGAAGGCACAAAGGAGGACAUAGAGACCAACCCGGCUAUCUUGUCCGGGAGUUUUGAUGGACCAGAUGAAGGUGUUACAGGUCUUGUUCACUUGGUAAGUUUAGAGUUUUUGACCCUGAGGCCAGUCCCCGGGGUCAAUUUCUCAGACAUUAUGUCGUCUCUUAGGAUGAGAAUUGAGAUACUUAAGAGUGCGUUUGAUGCUUGUGAGUCACUUCUUGAGAACACAAGACAACUAUGGAAAAAGAGUAUGAUGAAUGUCAUGGCUUGGCUUCGCCCGGAGGUUAUGACUUCUGAGGCACGGUAUGGAGUUCUUAAAUCAACUCAAACAGAAUUUGUUUUGCACCCAGAGAGAGAAGACGUGGCUGCAAACUCCAGAAAACGUGCUAGAUUUGAUGUUGUUCAGUUUUAUGAAGCCAUAAAGCCAUCAAAAACAGAUCCAUUGCUUGAAGAUGACAUACCUGACCUACUCCCUGUGCUAAGACCAUAUCAGCGACGUGCAGCUUAUUGGAUGGUACAGCAAGAGAAAGGAGAUUCGGGAAGCUUUAGCAACAUUCAAAGAAACCAUUUCCAUUUUCCACUUUGUAUCCCUGUGGGUUUUCUUGAUUCUUCCUCAAAAAUGUUCUAUAAUCCAUUCAGUGGAAGUGUUUCAUUGAAUCCAGAAUAUUCUUCACCCUUUGUCUUUGGUGGUAUUCUUGCUGAUGAGAUGGGUAUGGGGAAAACUGUUGAAUUGCUUGCUUGCAUCUUUUCCCAUCAGAAAUCAGAAUCAGAAGAUGGCGUGCUUGUGGAUGAUUUACUUCCAGUUACUGCAGAUCACAAAGCUAGUCUAAAAAGGUUAAAAAGGGAGUGUGUAGAGUGUGCAUGUGGAGCUGUAAGUGAAAGUCGUAAAUAUAAAGGAUUAUGGGUACAGUGUGACAUCUGCGAUGCUUGGCAACAUGCAGAUUGUGUUGGUUAUUCUCCUAGAGGAAGAGCUCAGAAAGCCAGAGAAUCUUCAAAUAUACAAGGAGAUCUAAAAAAGAGAAAGAAAGACGCAGUGCAGAUUAUUCUUAGAGAGGGGGAACAUAUUUGCCAGAUGUGUUCCGAACUGCUACAAGUUACUUCAUCUCCUGUUCCCUCAGGUGCCACUCUAAUUGUAUGUCCAGCUCCUAUAUUGCCCCAGUGGCAUGAUGAAAUUACACGCCAUACACAUUCAGGUUCUCUAAAAACUUUUGUCUAUGAAGGCGUGAGAAACAAUUCUUUUUCAAGUGUACCUAUGGUGGACAUCAGUGAACUGGUCAGUGCUGACAUUGUGUUAACGACUUAUGAUGUUCUUAAAGAGGACCUGUCUCACGACUCUGAUAGGCAAGAUGGUGAUCGACACUUCCUAAGAUUCCGGAAGAGGUACCCUGUUAUUCCAACUACUCUGACCAGAAUAUUUUGGUGGAGAGUUUGUUUGGAUGAGGCUCAAAUGGUGGAAAGCAAUGCUGCUGCAGCCACUGAAAUGGCUUUGCGAUUGUAUGCUAAGCAUCGUUGGUGCAUAACUGGCACUCCUAUACAAAGAAAGCUUGAUGACUUGCAUGGACUGUUAAGGUUUCUCAAAGCAAGUCCUUUCAAUGUACCUAGGUGGUGGAUGGAAGUAAUAAGAGAUCCAUAUGAGAAGAGAGACGCUGGAGCCAUGGAAUUUACACACAAUUUUUUCAAACAAAUUAUGUGGCGCUCAUCAAAAGUACAAGUUGCGGAUGAAUUGCAACUUCCACCUCAAGAGGAAUGCCUCUCUUGGCUCAUCUUUUCACCAAUUGAAGAGCAUUUCUACCAACGGCAGCAUGAAACUUGUCUGAGUUGUGCUCGUGAAGUUAUUGAAAGUUUCAAAGAUAAUAUUCCCAAAAGAGGUGUCCCAGGUUGCGAAUGGUCACCCUAUGACUUCAUUUUCUCCUGCAUUUCUUCUUUUUCAUUUUGUUGUCACCCUCAAGUUGGAAGUUCAGGACUUCGGUCUUUGCAACAGUCGCCCAUGACUAUGGAGGAAAUACUAAUGGUUCUUGUAAAUAAGACGAAGGUUGAGGGUGAGGAAGCUCUCAGGAGGUUAGUUGUUGCUUUGAAUGGGCUUGCAGCAAUAGCUAUGAUUGAGAAGAACUUCUCUCAAGCUGCAGCAUUGUACAAGGAAGCACUGCAUAUCACCAAGGAGCACUCUGAAGAUUUUCGGCUGGAUCCUUUGUUGAAUAUUCACAUUCUUCAUAACCUUGCGGAGAUACUUCCGUUGGUUACAGACUCUCCAGAACAACCUCCCCUGGCAAUGCAACAAUAUUUUGGAUGCUCUGAAAUGGAGAUAGAAAAUGACAAAAAAUUAUAUCGUAAUGCUGUAAAGAGGCAAAAAAUUGGUGAGAAAGGAAAUUCUAGUUUUGCUGUUGGUGCAGGGAAUCUACCUGGUCAUACAUGCAACGAUUUUGAGAAUGCCUUAAAAGAUGAGAGAAAAUGUGAUUAUGAGCAAGAAUCUUUGAGAAUAGCAUGUGAGCAAUUGAAAAAUAAGUACUUAUCUGCUUUUAGUUCGAAGCUUUGUGCUGCUCAGCAAGAUUUCAAAAAAUCAUUUGUGCAGGUUUCUAGUGCAUUUAGCGACAGAGACAAACAACCUACAGUCUGGUGGUUGGAAGCACUUCAUCAUGCUGAACAGAAUAGGGACUUCUCAAAUGAGUUGAUCAGAAAGAUUGAAGAGUCUGUCUCAGGAACUCUAAAGACAUCCUCUUCAAGAAUCGCAUCCCGCUUCCGAACCGUUAGUGGUCUAAAAUAUCAUCUCCAAACUGGUCUGGAUCUGUUGGAAGGCUCUAGGAAAACUUUACUUGAUCGACUUCUAGAAAUUGAUCAGACAAUGGAGGAACCAAAAGUGGAAGAUAUUGAACGUGUGAGACAUUGUCGAAAUUGCCAGGGAAUUGAUGAUGGUUCCACAUGUCUUCAUUGUGAAGUGGACGAGUUAUUUCAAGAUUAUGAGGCAAGAUUGUUCCGUCUUACCAAAUCACAUGGAGAGAUGGUUAUAUCUGCUGAAGAUGCAGUGGAUAUGCAGAAAAAGAACUCCGCUCUUAACCGUUUCUUUUGGCAUUUAUCAGAACCAAGUAAAGUUUCAACUUCAUCCAGUGUUGGUAAUAAAGAAUUAAAGAAGAGAGGUGUUGGUGAAAAAGUAGUGGUUUCAAAAUCCCCCUCAGAAUUAGAGGUUGUUCUUGGAGUUAUAAAAAGCUGCUGCAAGUCUCAUUUGGGGAGGGAAGGCAUGUUGGCAGCCUCCAAGCAGCUACAAACUCUGGAGGGGAUGCGGAAAGAGUAUAGCCAUGCAAGGUCAUUGGCAACUGUGCAAGCUCAAUUCCUACUUGCUCAUGAUGAAAUUAAGAUGGCAACCACCAGGUUGCACCUAAGGGAAAAUGAGAACGAUAAAUCUAUUGAUGCUAUCAGUCCAGAUGAAUUAGACUCAGCUAAUGCACAAAAUUCUGGUGAGAAGUUCACGUCUUUGGCCUUGUUAGCAAGUAUACAAGGGAAACUUCGUUACUUGAAGGGUUUGGUUCAAUCCAAGCAGAAGGAUGCGGUCAAAACUUCAAGUGAUUCUUUAUUAAAUCAAGAAAUAGCUACAAUUUCAACUUCAGUGGAACAGAAAAGUGAAUACCUAUCUAAAGCUGAGGAAGCAUGUCCAAUUUGUCAUGAAAACCUCAGCAAGCAAAAGAUGGUUUUCCAAUGUGGGCAUGUUAUCUGCUGUAAAUGUCUAUUUGCCAUGACUGAGCAGAGAUUAAUUUGUGAUACUCAGCACAAGUGGCUUAUGUGCCCGGUAUGUCGACAGCAUACAGAUGUAAGAAAUAUCGCCUAUGCCGAUGACAGACAAAAUAGACCAUGUAAUUCUGAUUUGCUGCACAAAGUUCAAGGCUAUGAGAUGUCUGAAUCAUCUCUGACUGUUCAAGGCUCAUAUGGAACAAAAAUUGAAGCUGUUACCAGGAGAAUCCUGUGGAUCAAAUCUACUGAUCCAAAUGCCAAAGUACUUGUUUUCUCAAGUUGGAACGAUGUUCUUGAUGUAUUAGAACAUGCUUUCACUGCCAAUGAUAUUACCUAUGUCCGAAUGAAAGGAGGCAGGAAAUCUCAAGUUGCUAUCAGCAAAUUUAGAGGUCAGCAAAGCAAUGUAACAGAAUGUCACAAAAGAAAAGUCCAGCAGGAAAAAGCAAAGUCUUUCCAAGUUUUAUUGCUUUUAAUCCAACAUGGAGCAAAUGGCCUCAAUCUGUUAGAAGCACAGCACGUUAUCCUUGUAGAGCCACUACUGAAUCCAGCAGCUGAAGCGCAAGCUGUGAGCCGGGUACACCGUAUUGGGCAAGAGCAUAAGACGCUGGUUCAUCGAUUUAUAGUUAAAAACACUGUUGAAGAGAGCAUCUAUAAACUGAACAGAAGCAGGAACACAAGUUCUUUCAUUAGCGGAAACACCAAGAAUCAAGAUGAACCCCUUUUGACGCUUAAAGAAGUCGAGUCUUUAUUUGCAGUGGUAGGAAAUGAUGAAAAGGCAAGUGAGAACCUAAGGGAUUUACCGCCUUCGGUGGCGGCUGCCAGAGCAGCCGAGAGGAGACUGAGAGAGAGCAAUGCAAGAUAAGAUAUGUUCUUCAGUAUAAACCAUAAGUUAGAAUGGUCAACCUCCUUUAACUGAAGUUGUUUACCUUCCUGCUUAUCUUGAUUUGGCAGGGGCUGAAGUUUUGGGAGAGUUGAAAAUAACUGAUAUAGUGUAGCUUCAUAUUAACGGAGACAGAUAACUACUUCUCCUGGAGAAUAUUAAUUGUAUAUCCAUGCUGCAAAGUUAGACGGUGCAUUUUCAGGCACUAUGACAAUAAUGAGAUUCGUAGUUCUCCUUUUUUAACA